AUGCUGCUGGAUCAUUCCUCAUCCCUCUCAGGACAUAUUAAAAUCUUGUUCCUGGCUGUAGCUGUCCUUGUGGUCCUGGAUCAGGCUUCCCCAGAUGGAUGGACCAGAAAGUGUGGUUAUGGAACUGGCAAUUGCAGGAAACAUUGCAAAGAAAGUGAGAAGAAGAAAGAAAAAUGUGGGUUAAGAAAGCUUUGCUGCAUCCCUAUAAAGCAUAAAUCAUCAAAACUUGUCAGAAAAGAAGAGACAACAUAUAGGGUUAUGGCAAGUACCACUAAGUAUGAAUUUAUGACUUGUGACAAGAGGAUUUUGGCAGCAUUUUAA